ACAUCAUCACCUCCACAUCCAUCCAUGUAUAAACAUAUAUACAUACAUAUAUGAUGCAUAUAUACAUCAUCCUCCGUUUCCUCUAUAUAAACCCGCAUUUGCCUCCAAUUUCUCUCUUCAAAUCAUUUCAUUCCAAUCUAUAAUUCAAUAUAGAAGAGUCAAUUAGCAACGAAUGGGUGAGAAAGAUGCAGCAAAAGGCGACGGAGAGAAGAAGGCCGACGCCGGAGGCAAGAAGGCCGACGCCGGCGGCAAGAAGGACGACGGUCCAGUCACCGUCGUCUUGAAGGUGGACUUGCAUUGUGAAGGCUGUGCCAAGAAAGCCAAACGAACAGUUCGUCAUUUUGAUGGUGUUGAAAACGUGAAAGCGGACAGUGCGAGCAGCAAACUGACGGUAACGGGGAAGGUGGACCCUGCGAGGCUGAGAGAGAGAGUCCAAGAGAAGUUCAAGAAGAAGGUGGACCUCAUCUCUCCUCAGCCUAAAAAGGAUGGCGGUGGUGGCGGAGAUAAGAAGUCCGACGACAAAUCGGAGAAAAAAUCUGACGACAAGAAGGCGGAGGAUAAGAAACCCAAAGAGCCUGCCAUGAGUACGGUGGUUUUGAAGAUUCGAUUGCACUGCGAAGGAUGCACACAUAAAAUCAGAAAAACCAUUUCAAAGAUGGAAGAGGUUGACUCGGUAACAAUAGAUGACCAAAAGGAUCUGGUCACGGUGAAGGGGACAAUGGACGCAAAAGAACUCGCAUCAUAUUUGAGAGAAAAAUUGAAGAGGAAUGUGGAGGUUGUCCCGCCAAAGAAAGAAGGUGGAGGCGGCGAAAAGAAAGAAGGCAGUGGCGGAGACAAAAAAGAGAAGGGAGGCGGCGGUGAUAAGAAAGAAGGCGAGGUGAAAGCCGGCGGAGAUGGGAAAAGGAAUGACGAGACCAAGCUCGAGAUGAACAAAAUGGAAUAUUAUGGUGGAUACAACCCGUAUUCGUAUUAUAGCGUGCCAAGUUCUAGUCAAGGUUAUGCCAAUGAGGGUUAUGGUCAAGUAAUCCCAUUUAAUGAAGGUUAUGUUAAUCCCGGUUAUGCCAUGGAGUACUCACACGCGCCACCUUACCUGCCGCCGCACCUGCACGCGCCGCAAAUGUUCAGCGACGAGAACCCUAAUGCAUGUUCUGUAAUGUAAAAUGGGUGAUUAUUGAGUGAGAGAUAGUGAUGGGUUAAAAAUUGUAAAUGAAGUGAUAGAGAUGGUAAAUAGUUAUAUAGAAUAAUGUUUAUGUGAGGUAUAAAUUUUCCUAUUCGGAAAUGUCACAAUUGGACGGUCGGCCGGCGAUUUAACCAGUUUCAUUUGUUAGGUUUGUUGGUUGGUUAUUUGUUUAGCUUGUUUGUUUUUAGUUGAUUAUAGAUUAAUUUUUUCUAUAAUUUAUUUUUAUUUUAUUUAUUUUUAUUAUUAUU